GUUACCAGGACGCCGUGGGAGUUUGGAUUCUGAACUCUGGAAAAUCCUGAGCGUCUACCCGGCGUGGCGUGUGCAGAGCUCUUCAGAAGUUCAGUGAGAGAUUCCUGGGUCAGUCCGAGACAUUCGUGCUGCUGAUUUUCUAGCACAAGGAAGCUGAGUUAUGCCUGUCAGCUCUACUCAAAGGCUCCACAUGCUCACCUGAAUCCUGAUGAAAUGGCAGCCGACGUGAAGUUCUGCCAGAAGCCCCAGAGACUGGCAACAGAGGAGCAGCUUGGGUCAUGUGAGAGGUGGAUGUCCUUCGAGGAUGUGGCUGUGGACUUCAGCCAGGAGGAGUGGCGGCGCCUGGACUCUGCCCAGAGACGCCUGUACCAGGACGUGAUGCUGGAGAUCUACAGCCACCUCUUGGCAGUGGGGUAUCCCAGGCCAGAGGUCAUCCUCAAGAUGAAGAAUGUAAAGGACACACAGAUGGGGAAGGUUGACUUCCCACAUCAGAGGUGUGCUCAAGGGGAGUCAGAGCCUGACUCAUCCCAGCAAAUGUGUGUGAAAGCUGUGUUUCCAAACGAUGUCUCAGGAGUAAUCACCAGAGGUAGUUCAUACUGUUCCAUUAUGGACAAACUGUGGCAGGAUGGUGACCCUAAAAAGACAGAUCAGAAAAACCAGAUCCCACCCUUGAGUCCUGAUGUUUUCUUGAGCCAGAAAACACUAAUCAUAGACAAUUGUGAUGGAUGGGAAGCAACUGGGGGAUCUACUUCUUUAGGACCCCACCAUUCUACACAAAAGAGAUCUCCGAGGAGCUGCCCAUGUGAAAAGAUGUUGCAGCCUAACCUUCAAGCAGACGGUGAGCAUCAAAGCAGCACCACAAAGCAGCCUGAUGGCAUUGUUGACUCUUGUUGGUUCUUCACACAAGGCCUUUCCAGUGCUGUGUGUACAAUUCACAGCACAGGAGGGAAAGCACGCAGGGCACGCAGGGGUGACCAGUGUGCAAAUGUUUUCAGCCCUAAGCAACCAUUUAUGCAGCAUGGAAUUCUUUCUCAGGGCAAACCAGUUGGAUAUACCAAAUGUGAGAAGGUCUUUACUGCCAGGUCAGCUUUGUGUCAGCAGCAAACAACUAACACCAUAGAGACACAUUUUAUUUGCCACAUAUGUAGGAAAUCCUUUCUUAAGAAAUCUGAGUUGAGUUUUCAUCCAGGAACAAGCAGAGGAGAGACACGUUAUGAAUGUCCUGACUGUCUGAAAUCACUUACCAGUACAUCCGGCCUGCAAGCACAUGAUGAAACUCACACAAAGGAGAAACCUUACAGAUGCCAUGACUGUGGGAAGUCAUUCAGUUAUGCAUCCCACCUAAAGGUCCAUCUUCGAAUACACACAGGUGAGAGGCCUUAUGUGUGUUCUGACUGUGGGAAGGCCUUUAGCCAAAAGUCAGUCCUCACCACGCAUCAGAGAAUUCACACUGGGGAGAAGCCUUACACAUGUAGCCACUGUGGAAAAUUGUUUGUUUAUGCAUCAGAUCUGAAGAAGCAUAAUAGAUUUCACACAGGGGAGAAGCCCUAUGAGUGCAGAGAUUGUGGCAAGUUUUUCAGUAAUAAAUCUCACCUGCCUGUGCAUCAUUGAAUUCACACUGGUGAGAAACCUUACAAAUGCUGUGACUGUGGGAAGUCAUUCAGGAGAAAGUCCCACCUUAAAGUGCAUAACCGAAUACACACCGGUGAGAAGCCUUAUGUAUGCCCUGAUUGUGGGAAGGCCUUCAGCCACAGUUCUGUACUCAGCACACAUCAAAGAAUUCACACUGGGGAGAGGCCUUACAUAUGCAGCGACUGUGGGAAGGCCAUGUCUUCUAAAGCCCAACUGAGUGAGCACCAAAGAAUUCACACAGGUGAGAAACCCUAUGUGUGCAUUGAAUGUGGGAAAGCUUUUGGUGGAAGAUCUUCAUUACAAGCACAUCGUAGAACUCAUAGUGAAAAACCAUUUGCCUGUCACAAAUGUGGGAAGGGCUUCCUGCACAAGUCACAGUUGUACUCUCACCAACAAACUCACACUGCUGAGCAUCCUUAGGAGCACUGUGCGUGUGUGGGCAAUUGUUCCAUCACACAUAUCAGCUGAAGGAACAUCAUCAAAUUGAAACAGAAGAAAGUGUCCUUGACGGGGAAAUUUUUCAACAGCUGAAGGCUCUCAUCUUUUAUUCUGUGCAGAGAAACCUGAGGUGGGUUUUGAAUGCAGAAAGUCCUUCAAACAUAAGUCAGAUUUCAGUAGACCUGACCCUAUAGAUACUGAUCAUGUGAAAGGCUUUACCACAAAGUCAAUUCCUUAGCCAUGUUGUAAAAUAAAGAGACCUAAUUAUA